AUGAGAAUAAAUUUGCAAAAACUAUACCUAAUAUUAGCCUUUCUUUCAUAUGUUUUUUCAACACAAGAUCUUGUUCUAGACUUUUUAAAAAGAGCAGAAUCAAAUAAUGGAAUAAUUCAAUUAGAUGGUACAAGUAUUUAUUCUAUUCUUACAAAACCAAGAAACUAUUCUAUUGUUGUUAUGUUUACAACAAAUAGCAUAGAAUAUAACUGUUAUGUAUGCAAAAAACUUUAUCCAAGUUUUAGACUUAUUGCAAAAUCAAGACAUAAAACACAUCCUAAAUCUAAAACAUUAUUUUUUGGAGUUCUCGAGUAUUUAGAAAAUGCAAACAUAUUUGCACAAUUGCAAUUAACUAAGAUUCCUACGAUCAUAGUAUAUCCAGCGACUGUAGGACCUGCUGCAUUAAAAAACAGUAAACCUCUUAUGCUGAAUAUUAGGGACGGAGAUAUUUCUUCUGAAUGGCUAGCUCAAGCUAUUUCUCAAAAAAUCAAUGAACCAAUACAUAUUGUUCAAUUUUUAAAUUAUGGAAAAAUAGUUUUCUAUAGUUUUAUUGCAUUUUUGUCUCUACUUUUUUUUAAAAUAACACAUUCUUUUAUAUUUUAUAUUAUGAGUAGGAAAGAAUUAUGGCUAAUUUUUAGUUUGGCUUGCAUUUUAAUUUUUAAUUCUGGGUAUAUGCUUGUUAAAAUUAGAAAAUCUCCAUUUAAUGGUCAGGACGAUAAUUCUCCUUCCUAUAUUUUAAGAAGUUCUCAUGCACAAUAUGGUAUAGAAUCUCAUAUUAUUGUCGUAACAUAUCUAAUAUUAAUGUUUACUGUAAUAUUAUUAACAGUUUUUACGCCCAAGAUUGCUAAUAAAAGAAAACAAACAGCUUUAAUUAUCUUAUUGAUUAUAUUCCAAUUCGUUAUUUUUAGUUUUUUAUUACAUAUUUUUCGAAUGAAAAAUAGAAACUAUCCAUUUAAAUUACUGUUAUUAUGAUUCUUUUUAAUUAUGAUUUUUUGUUUUUAUAUAAACUUAUAGAGAAAUAUAUCUAUAAUAUAUUU